CUUUUUUCAUCCCAGUUUCAAGUUUCUUGUACAAGUGUUGUACUUUUUUCAAUUCGGCCACCAUUCGUUCUUUUCUCAUCCAGAUUUCAUCAGAGAUACACAUAACACAAAAUGGCGGACACAGCUCCAGCCCGUGGUGCCUCUGGCACAGGUAGUGGUUUUAAAAGUGGAUUUGGCAGUCGUGGAUCUCGCGGAGCCAAGGGUAGAGGACGUGGUCGCGGUCGUGGCCGUGGAGCGCGUGGUGGAAAGGAAGAUUCCAAGGAAUGGGUUCCAGUCACUAAGUUGGGACGCUUAGUCCGUGAAGGAAAAAUCCGCUCAUUAGAGGAGAUUUACUUGUACUCUUUGCCAAUUAAAGAGUUCGAGAUUAUUGAUUUCUUCUUGGGUCGCUUACUCCGCGAUGAAGUUCUCAAGAUUAUGCCUGUACAAAAACAAACACGUGCAGGUCAACGUACCCGUUUCAAGGCAUUCGUAGCCAUUGGUGACUACAACGGUCACAUUGGUCUUGGCGUCAAGUGCAGUAAAGAAGUUGCUACCGCUAUUCGUGGUGCUAUCAUCUUGGCCAAAUUGUCGGUUGUUCCGGUUCGUCGUGGUUAUUGGGGUAACAAAAUCGGUAAACCUCACACCGUUCCUUGCAAGGUCACUGGCAAAUGCGGUUCCGUUCUUGUCCGUUUGAUUCCAGCUCCUCGUGGUACUGGCAUCGUAUCUGCCCCAGUUCCUAAGAAACUUCUUCAAAUGGCUGGUAUCGAUGAUUGCUACACCUCCUCACGUGGUUCCACCACAACCUUGGGUAACUUUGCAAAGGCAACGUAUGCUGCCAUUGCCAAGACCUACGCUUUCUUGACACCCGACCUGUGGAAAGACAUCCCACUUGGCAAGACUCCCUACCAAGAACAUGCUGAUUUUCUUGCAAAGUCGCAGAAAUCUGGUGGCCGCAACAUUGAAAUUUAAAAUCAAGAAAUAAUUUUUAAUGUCAUUUUUGACAAAUAAAUAAACACAGAUUGUGUUAAAGCAUCGAAA